AGUGACUCCUUUCAGAACGGCUUAUCAGUACCUACCAGCAGCACUCUCAGUAACCAUCUUCAGAUGCAACAAGAUGAUAUUGGAAAUCGUCAUUUUUCUCAUCCUCUCACAACUUAUUUUCGGUUUAUUCUUAUGGUAUCAAGUUAGAGACGUGUACCGUUAUCCAAACAGUUUUGGAUUUCCUGUGAUUGGAACCUUAUACGACUUCUACAAAGGAUUAAGUUUUAUGUCGUUACAUAAUGAAUACCAUUAUCUAAAAGAUAUUUCAGACAGAGUGGGAAAUGGAUUAUAUUUUGCAUACGUCAAGGGAAGGAGAUCUGUUAUCCUGUCAUGCCCUUACAUCAUUGAGAAAAUCUCUUAUAACCAAAGUGCAGCUGAGAAGGACCCUAACACCUACGGGACAGUAAAUCCACUCAUUAAAGGAAUAUUUACUUAUUGCUCCAAUGACAGUGAAUAUAAACUUCGAAGGAAAGAAGUGAACAACAGCCUGACUAAGAGCUUAAUCGACGGCCCAUACGCUAAUACAUUUAAAAGAAUUGGCAGAAAAUUAACAGAAGAUUUCGUAAAGAAUAAAGACAAUUUGGAUCUUGUUUAUUAUUGUACCAAUUCUGCACUAAGCAUUAUCAAGGAGACACAUUUUGGUGUAGAAAACGCUGAAAAGAAUGAAGAUGGUCGAUUUUUCAAAGUUUGGAUUUGGAUUUUACAUUUUGCAACGCUGAUAUUUUCCAAUCCCUUGGUAGCCAUUUUAUUUACCUUUACUUACAAGAUUUUCGACAAAGUUUUAAUGAAAAAGGCUCAUAUGCUACAAGCGGAAUUAGGAAAAAGUGUCAAAAAACAUGUGAGGAACACUUUAAAGGAUCCUACUGCAGCACCUAAAUAUUCAACUUUAUCAGUGGUGAUUUCGUUAAGAAAUAAAAGCCGUAAUCUAGACAAAUUCGAAACGAAAAAAGAGCUAUAUGAGUUACUAUUGGCAGGUUCACAUACGGCUGGUACCGUACUGAUUACUUCAUUCGCAUUCAUGGCAACUCUUCCUGAAAUACAAGAAAAAGUUUGGAAAGAACAAUAUGAAAUAUUUGGUACAAGUGACAGGGAUCCCAACAUCGAAGAUCUCAAAAAGAUGACUUAUCUAGAAAGGUUCAUAAAAGAAAUAUUGAGGUUCUUCAGUCCUGCAUUCAUAGGAAAGGUUACAACUGCGGAAAUAAAAGUUGGUGGAGUUACUAUUCCAGCUGAAACAGUGGUCUACUUUUUAUUGGGUAAAGCUCAUAUGGACCCAAGAUUUUGGAAAGAUCCUCAAGUAUUUAAUCCAGAUCGUGCUUUCGAAGAUCAGCCAAAAUAUGCCUUCGCAGCCUUUGGUGUUGGUGUAAGAAGUUGCCCAGGUAUGACCUAUGCACGACAAGAACUGAAAACUAUUAUUUCUAUAAUAAUAAGGAAAUGCAAAUUCUUUUCACAACAAAAAUUUGAAGAUUUUAAAUAUGAAUCACACCUCAUGCAAGAGAUUGUUAAUCUCAAGCCAGUACGAGUUGAAGAGAGAGAAUAUCUUAAUUAGUAGUGCCUAUCCGCUCAAAGGCCUGCAUGACCCGUCUCCCAAUAAAUUUUCAUGUUCUCCUCUUCUUAAAAGCAGUGUAAAUGAAAUUAUACAAUUAUAAAAAUUGUAAUUUAUUUUUAUUUUUGAAAUAUUUCCCUUUAAUGAUUCAUAACCUCAAAUCCCCAUAAAAACUUAGCCUCCCUCAAAAAUUUUGGUGGGAUAACUUGCAUCCUCCUGGCCACAUCUGAUCUUAACGAAAUAUGUGUAUUUCUUUUAACUUCUUUUGAAAUAAAUAUUUGCUAUAUGUAUUUUUCUAAAUAUUAUUUUUACUUUUUAUAGCAAAGAUUUGUUUUAAUUGAAUCAUACAUACAUAUUACAUUCAAUAUUUAUUUGUAAAGACAUUUCAUAAAUGGUAUAAAAUAUUGUUGUCAUAUUUACAUUGAUAAUAAAAUGUAAAGAUGUUUUAAAUAAAAGCUACCAUAUAUAUACAUUU